ACAAGAAGAAAAGGGUUAACGGAAGUAUUUGUUCCUUUUUUUCUAGCAACGUUUUGGAUUGUUCCAAGUACAUAUAUAUGGUGUACAUGUAUAUGGUGUACAUGUAUACGGUGUACAUGUAUAUGGUGUACACAAAUUGAAAACAGAUAUUGAAAUAUAUUUUUUUUUGUUAGUUGUUACUAAAGAAGGGAAAUUAUUGAAUCGCUAUUAAACAGGAAUAAAUUACAAAUACUGUGAUCAAACAUUCUACAAAUUACGAUCAUCGCAGAAACAUGGCAUACCUCAAGUGCUGUCAAAAGGGAAUAUAUUCAUCGUAAACAUAAUAUGUUGUAUUUAUUUCUUAAUUAGGCCUAUUACUUGGUCAUUGAAACGCACACUCUUUCAACCAGUGUGAUUUCGAAGUGUUCAAUUGAAUUCUCUAUACGUCAAAUAAAAGAGUUAUUGGUUUAGUGGAUGAGCCUAAAUUGCUUUGGAAAAUGGCUACUACUGCUCGGGAGUAUUUCGGUGGAAAGGCAAACAUUUGGUUGUGAAAAAAGGAAUAGUAAUGAAAACAUAUAAAUAUUGGUAGAGGACUUGAAUUCAUUUCUGACUGAAUAGGAUAUCAAACGAAAGCGAAUGUUAAACGUAAUCCUAUCUCAUGGUUUUUCCCAGAGCACACCGUGGUAUUGAUGCAUAUAAUAGUUCAUACAAUUUAAAAUAAAUACCCUUGAAUGUUUCUGAAUUUACAGAAGUGUUGACUUUUGAUCAGACAACUCUUGUUAUUCUUGAAGUUGGAUAUGGUCAAGAAAAUUCCAGGACUUACCAUAGAAUGAGUGGUUAAUUACGCACAUGUAGGAAGAGAAGGUCUUUGUGACGGACAUUAUAAACUGAAUUCAGAAUUCUAUGUAAAGAUACUUUGAAAAUGACAAUAACGUGUCGCUAUAUAACGUUUAAACGUACAUGCCGUGAAGCUAAAAGACGAUGUGUUAAAGACGCGAAUUGAAGUAAAUACCGGAAGCCAGAGAGCGAGGUUGGAAAUAAAAAGUUUAGAAUCUGCCCCGAAAGUGAUUGCAGCCGGAUAUGACGCGGUUUGGGUAUCCCUCGACGGUAACGCAGAGUCCGAGGGACGCGGCCAGCUCUAGGUGCAGCCUCUGGUCCGGCCGACCGGAAAUGGCGCGGUUCGGAUAUUCGCCGACCAUAGUGCAGAGAGACACAGCAAGCUCCAGGUGCCCGACCGGAAGUAGCAGGAACAGUAUCAAGACGGCCGUCACUCCGAGGCGUCCGGAGAGGGAGCGGCGUGGACAGAUCAAGGGCUGGGACAACGAGCUUCGACCCGACGAUGGCAUUACGAUAUGGAUGAAAAGACAAAAGUUGAUGGAAUCCAAAAGAGAGCAAGGUUGCGGGCUGGGACAAGCCAGUGUGGGUACGAAGAAGCACCCCGCCUUGCUGGACACAGAACAUCAUAUUCCCAUCACCCACAGAUGUCCUAAUAUAGAUGACCUUGACAUUUUCAUGAAGGACAGUCUCCAUAAUGUUUUUAGUCAUACGUCCAAGAAAACUACAGAACCCGCAAACUCUGAAUCUAAUGGUAACAAUGUGGCAUUGAAGUACACAAAAAACUCAAAGUUUGGCAUUGUAACACCUGCAGGUUUCGUUGAGAAGACAGAAAAUAAGCAUGAAGAGAUCGGUCCAGACAUUGACUCGUACAGACAUAGUAAACUGGUGCACGGAGGAGCGAUAAGCGAGAGUAAAAGUCUUCAAGAUUUACAAACUAAAGAACAGCUCGAGAGAAGUAAUAGUUAUUUAAAAUUCAAACGGUUCUUAAAGUUUUCCAAGAAGGAGAGGAUAUCAGGUAAAAAUGGUGAUGAAGAAGACGAAGGUUAUUGCUCAAAAACGUCAAGUGCUGAACAUAAAACGGGUUCUGAAAGUGAUGGUGAAGAUAGUGGAGCAAAUGUAGGUAAUCUUGACAAAAGUAGAAUGUUUUCUAGUAUGGUAGAUUUAACCGAUCUUCCAUCCAAUGCGAAAGACGGAGAUCUGACAGCUAGAAGCCAAGGAAGUAAAAGUUUCCGGUUUAAUGAUUUGUUGUCUGCUAGCAAAGCCAAAUUUUCAUAUACGCACCAAGCUCCCUCCGUCUGCCAAUUACCCGGACCCGGCGUGUCAUAUAACCUUAGAGUAGAAAAUAGAAAACAUGAACAAGAUGACAACAGUUGGUCAUAUGCUAAACUUAAAAGAAACAAAGAACUCAAUAGGUGCUAUAACGCGGAGUCAAUGCCACAUCAACAGGAACAGAGUACGGUGUACAAUAUUGACAACAUGAAGCCGAUGGCAUUAGUGCUCAGAAAAAUCAGCAUCCAGAAUGCUGAAGAGAACUACCCUUCAAUUUAUCACACAGAAAUGCAACCUACUUGUAUUAAAGCUCAACCCGCUGAUGUACGCCAUCCUUCCAGAAACAGUAGCCAUAAUAACUCCAGUCGAACUGGAUCUCGUGCUGAAUCUUCCAUGUCGCAGGAACGCUCAAGUCCGACACGAGCAGAAUCUGCGUUGUCACGCGUGUCAUCACCGCGUGCACAGUCACGAGUGUCUAGUCCUACGAAGCGAAAUUAUGGCUCAACUAUUACUGAAAGUCACCAGCAUGCCUCUGGUAAUUAUCAAAAAAGAAGUCCAGUGAGAGACGUCCGUGUGGUCAAUGAAAACAAUCAAAAAGAAGGUAUGUGGUCACCGGAGGUCUCCUAUAUUGACAAAAACUCGGCUAGCUACUCGUUCGGUGAUCUUUUACCCGCAAUGGAGAAGAACAUUUAUACAAAGCUCGCUGCCGAGCCGAAGUUUGUUCGUUCCGAGGAAGAGCGCACCCAGAAUGAGUAUACGACCACGGAGCUGAUAGACAUGAACUGUAAGCCAGCAGAUGAUGGCUACAUCUUGCUGAAGAAGGGGCUGGAUUUACUGACCAACGUUGGACAUGAAAAGAUAGAACGUACGCAUGAGGAUUACUGGAUAUAUCGAAGAAAUGAAGAUUUUGGUCUAAGGACACAGCCAACCCUCGGUCCCCCAGCCUUCCGCCCUAACCAGUCUCGCCACCCACUCAUGCGCAGUCUCACUGUUGUUGUGGGCAACAGCAGACAGGAGUCCACACCAAGAGACCGCUCGCCGACGUCUAGCAGGGCAAGACCGGCGCGGACAUCAUCAAUCAAGGGGUCUCAUCAAGGCGACGGGGGCGGUGAACGGGAGACCCAGCGGAAACUGAAGGAAGCGUUCAGCGAGUUCUACAAGAACAGGCCCAAGGAAAUAGGCAAGGAGUUCCGUCGCAUGCAGACCAUGUGGAAGGCUUGAUUACAAUGGAAACAUACUCUGGACAUCAUGGCAACCAACAUAUGCAGAUACUCCGACACCGACUUUUGCAUCAUAAGGAACCGGCAUCUGCAUCAAUUGUACCAUUGGCAAUUAACAUAAACUCUUUGCAACAGAUAUAUAUUCCUGUGGUGACCGACAUUUGCACCCUCGGCAACAAACACUUGUUCCAUCAGAAAUAUAUGCACACUUAGCAAUCAUAAGUUUGCUUCCAAGGGACCGAUUUUUGCACCAUAGAAAUCGAAAUAUGCACCAAUGGGAGAUGUGCAUAAUGAGGCCAAGCAAUUUUAUUUCUCGGAAUAGACAUAGCUAACCGGUGGCUGGUGAAGAUGGACAUACAAAAUCGUUGAACUUUUGUAGAUGGUAUUAUUAAAGCUGUUAUAAAACCAUGUUCAUUUCAAUCACAUUAUUAUUUUUGUUAUUUCAAUUUCAUUGUGUGUUUAUGCUUUCAUUUGGCAAGGAACAUCAAUAAAUAAAUUAAUAAAGUAAUCCCAUUCAUACACAUACAGAUGUCAAUAAUCAAGCAUUAAUGAAUGGUGUGUGCUAUUAUUGUGUGUACCACUCUGUAUUUUAUU